AAAAGUCUUUGUGAGGAGAGAGAGAGAGAGAGAGAGAGAGAGAGAGAGAAAAUAGGGAGGGCGAGAGAAAGAGAAAGGGGGGGGUGCAGAGGAGCAGGAGAUGAGCAGACAGUGAGAGAGCUGACAGCAUGAGCAAGAGGAUGAGGGUGCAAAGGGAGAAUGCAUAAGAUAGACAGAGGCAGGAGAGGCUCAGUGCUGCACAAUAGUGCCUGAGGCUGCUGGAGAGAGAGCGAGAGAGAGAGGGAGAGAGAGAGAGAGAGAGAGAGAGAGAGAGAGAGAGAGAGCAGGCAUCAUGGCAGUGCUCACUGCAUCAUCACGACACAUGGGGAUGUUUGGCCGCUGCUGGUGAACACCGUGUGAUGCAGAGGAAAGAGUGGAGGACUUCCUGGAAACCAAAGACGAGCUAAGGAAACAGGUGAGACACGUGGUCCCACACGAUGAGCGGGAUUCUGAAGAGGAAGCUCGAGGAGGGCACGGCCCCUUACCUCUCGCUGCAGGAGUGCGACGACGACGAGGUUUCCUGCAGCGACAGCGGCAACAGCAGCGACAGUCUCAACCAUCCCAUUCCCUCUGGACUGCUAAACUCUUCUCUCCAGCAGCAGUCGAAGCGACUGCGGGGUCGCAACGUGCACUUUGAGAGCGUAACAGUCUACUACUUCAGUCGCCGGCAAGGCUUCACCAGCGUGCCCACACAGGGUGGCAGCACUCUGGGGAUGUCACCACGUCACAGCGGCGUGAGGCGGUUCACCCUCAGGGAGUUUGCCAUGGAGCAGAAAAGGAGCCACCGUAACAUGUUGAGGGAUCACCUGAAGGAGGAGAAGCUCAACGCCAUCAAACUCAGAUUGACAAAGAACGGCACCGUGUCAUCCGCGGAGGCAGACACCCUCACACUCGACGAUAUCUCAGAAGACGACCUGGACGUGGACAACACCGAGGUGGACGAGUACUUCUUCCUCCAGCCUCUGACCACGAGGAGACGCCGCAGCCUUCUCCGUGCCUCGGGGGUGCGGCGCAUUGACGUGGAGGAGAAGCAUGAUCUGCGCGCCCUGCGCAUGUCCAGAGAGGAGUGUGGGUGCCGGUGCCGCGGGAUAUGUGACCCGGAAACCUGUGCUUGCAGCCUGGCCGGCAUUAAGUGCCAGGUAAAUGGAACUGUGGUUGACCGCAUGUCCUUCCCAUGUGGCUGCACAAAAGACGGCUGCAGCAACACCACGGGACGCCUGGAGUUCAACCCCGUCCGGGUGCGGACCCACUUCCUGCACACCAUCAUGAAGCUGGAGCUGGAGAAGAGCCGCGACGAGCAGCAGCAGCAGCAGCAGCCCGAGCAGCAGCAGCAGCUGCAUGUAACCAAUGGCAACGGUUACCAUGGAGACUCCUCCUUGGUCCAACAGCAGCAACAGCAGCCGAACCUGCAGUUUCCACUGAUGAGUGGCACGCCGUCGCACAUUCCCAUCAUGCACCUCCAGAACACAGGUGACACAGAUUCACAUUUAGAUGAAGAAGAAGAAGAAGAAGAAGAAGAAGAGGAGGAGGAGGAGGAGGAAGAGGAGGAGGAAGACGAGGAUGAGGAAGAGGAUGACGAAGCCUACGAGGAAGAUGAGGAUGGCAGUAGCAUGUGCAGCGGGCUGUCAGACUGCAGCACGCACAGCUUAGAAACAAUUGACCCUGAGGAGGGAGAGGAGGAAGAGGACGAGGAGGAUGAGGAGGACGAGGAGGAGGACGAGGAAGAGGAGGAAGACUGGGAUUGCUCGUUACACGGAACGAGUCCUCCCCCCUACUCUGUUCCACUUCCUUCGGUGCUGAGUUACUCUAACAACGCGCUCAUGCGCCUCAGUAACCCCUUCCACAACACUGCCACCAUGCAGCAUUAUCAAAUGGACGGCUCUGUGAAGGACACUGCUGCUUUCCUUAGUGAAGGUGUCUCCGUCACCCCCACGCUCCCCACAGUAGAGACGGCAUUAGAAUCGGAAAUUAACACAGAACUCCACUGCCGAACGUUCCCUGGCCCCACACCCGAGUCCCUCACGCCCCAUACUCCCUCACACGUAGACACACGUGAAACAAGCACCACACCGGCCGGUGCGGCCGACCAACGGUCACUCAACUGCACAGACUUCCAGAACAAUCCAGGCGACCGUGAGUCACAGUCUGAGGCUGUGGCUGCGUCUGUGGAGCAGACAGUGGAGGAGGACGUCAGAGUGCAGGCGCAGUGAUCCCAGCCUGGGGUAAAGACAGACAACCACUGUGCAGAGUGCAUCUGAUUGAUGAUUCAUCCAGUUGUUGUUUGGAAAUCUUUAUUCAAGAAUUGUGACCAUCAACCGUCAGAGUUUGAUUUGUUCUUGAAAAGUGCACUUCCAAAGAGAGAGUUUGAACACAGAGGGGGGAUCUCAUUUUAGCUCCGUUUGUUUCAGUAUCGUUGGUUUGGACAACAAAAAGCAUUGUCAGUGUUAGAGCUCAAGAAAACAGUGUUUCUGUAGCUGGUCUGUAACGACACAACCUUCCUUUUUUGCCUUGUUAUGACGUCUUUGAUUAUUACUGCAUGUUUCCUGGUUGUGAUGGCGUCCAUGACAGAUCUGUGAGGUUCUGAGGUGCCUGUAUUGUUACACUGGUGUCUUAAUUCUCAUGCCGCCAGUCGUCGUGAAAUGCCUGUCUGUAUUGCAUGUCUUAAUUUUAACCUGAGAUGUUUCAACUCUUGCACAACGUGUAAAAUGAUAAACAAUGUCACUGGCAAUACAGUUGCAUUCAUAAAGUUUACACAAAUUGUGGUUUUCUUCUUUUUUUUUGUGCUUUUAAAGUUGCUAUAAAUAAUUAUUUUUAUAUUAACAAAGGAUGACAUAGCGUAUGGGUAAGGAUCUGUAGUUCUAUCAAGUUGUUUUUAAAAUCCUCCUUUAAUUAUGAUUAUUAUUGUUAUUGUUGUUGAAAAUGAAAGUGGUCCCACAAUAGAUCCUUGGGGAAUAACUGUGUGCAUUAUGUUUCUAUGGCGACUAUGCUUUUAUUGCUCUAUUUCUUUUUCACUGCUUCAGUAAUGGACGCCAAUAAUCUGAUUCAGACAAAUGUUAUAAUGAGACUAAGAAGUCGACAAUGAGAUCAGAAUAAUAAAGCAAUCAGAAAAUGCUA